GGUUUUGGACGUUCAUUAUGCUGCGAUUUUCUACAAACUUCCUAAGUAAACGAUGUUUAAGUACGUUUGGCUAUGCUCAACUUGGUAGUCGGUCCGUUGUUAAGGUGUCUGGUCCUGAUGCGACAAAGUUCGUCAAUGGACUAAUCACUUCAAAGAUGAUUCCUCAUGCAUCAAAGAGGUUGGCAAUGACCAUUGAGGAAGGCCCUGAACAGGAACUGACUCUAGGAGAGUUUGACAUGUCUAAGAACUGGGGUAUACUCUUGGAAUCUCCCGAAACAACCAACCAGACGGUUUCGAGGUUGGGUAUCUACACGAUGUUUCUUAAUUCGAAAGGUCGAAUAAUCACCGAUGCAUGGAUCUACCCAGGUUUUAAACCAUCUGAGGAUGAAUACAUGAAACAGGAUGCUGAAUAUUUCAUUGAGACAGACUCGUCUAUAAUGAAUCAGCUGACAAUGAUGUUCAAAUUGCAUAAAUUGAGAUCUAAGGUGUCGUUUGCGCCAGUUCAAGAUGUAAACGUUUGGGCUUGUUACAAUGACAAUCAGAUGGAUGCACUCUACGAUAUUCAGCAAGAAUAUGUUGAUUUGGAAUCUACAUCACUGAAAACACCGGAGGCCGCAUACAAGAAUGUCCAAUCUUUCCAACGCAGUUCAUUCUUCCAAGAAUCAAUCGAUGAUAAGAUCACUGCCUUUGCAUUCGAUAACAGAGUACCGGAUUCUGGAAUUCGUCUUGUAUUACCAAAGGAUGUGACACCAACACAAGUUAUCUCGGAGGAUUACCUUCCAGAGGGCUCUGAGAUAAGUGCCGAUGAAUUCAACACCAGAAGGGCUCUCUUUGGCGUCCCUGAAGUUCCAAGCGAUAUCACGCCAAACAAGUUCUUACCACUAGAGUGCAAUCUGGAGUAUAUGGGAGGUGUAAACUUCGACAAAGGUUGCUACACAGGGCAGGAACUCACUGUCAGAACGUUCCACACCGGAGUCGUCCGUAAAAGGGUCGUUCCUGUACGCAUCUUCCUUCUUCCCACAGACACUAGCGAGUUGCCCUUAGAACUCAAUUCUCAAGACCCUGUGUGUGGCUGCGUUCCAAAAGGGCAAUGGAAUAUCACAUCCGACAAGGAAGAAGAGAACCAAUCGUUUGUCUCCUCGCCAUUCGGAGGCUCGUCAGCGAAAGCAGCACGCUCGAGGGCCAAAGCUAUGCGUUCCUCUGGUACGCUCCUCUCCACGUACCACAACAUCGGGUUAGCGUUGGUUCGGCUGGAAGACUUUGCCGAUCCAUCUACAAACUUCUUUGUUGAUAUUCCAGGAGCUGGAGAUGGCAAUAAGAACCUCCUGCUUGGAAUCAAGGCGUAUAUCCCCUACUGGUGGCCUGAAUGAGCCCAAGCCCAACCAAAAAUGUGUAUAUAGAGAGCUUU